ACCUCGUUGCUACAGAAUCCUUUGAGACCAUGUCUGUCAGAGCUGUGAAGACCACCACCUUCUCCACCUUGUCCACCACAAAGGGCCCGAGUCAGGGCUUCAGCAGCCGCUCCUUCUCUGGCUACGGCGGCCGAGGCGGGGGUGUCACCAGGCAGAGCUGCGUAGUCCGCGGCGCCUACGGUGGGGUGGGCAGCAGCGGCGCCGCCGUUGGCGUCGGAGGCUUCAAGGUGGUCGGUGGGUAUGUUGCCGGGGGGUCAGGCCAAAGAGCGGGUGGAUUCGAAUUCGGCUAUGGGGGCUUUGGUGGACGUUUGGGUGGUGGUAUGGCCCAAGAAGUGGUGGCCCCCAUCACAGAAGUGACUGUGAACAAGAGCCUACUGGCCCCCUUGAACCUGGAGAUUGACCCCACCAUCCAGUCGGUCCGCAUCCAGGAGAAGGAGCAGAUCAAGACCCUCAACAACCGUUUUGCGUCCUUCAUUGACAAGGUACGCUUCCUGGAGCAGCAGAACAAGAUGCUGGAGACCAAAUGGAACCUCCUGCAAGAACAGACCACAACCCGCUCCAACAUCGAUGCCAUGUUUGAGGCCUACAUUGCGAACUUGCGCAGGCAACUCGAUGGGCUGGGCAACGAGAAAGUCAAGCUGGAAGCAGAACUGAAGAACAUGCAGCUUCAGGUGGAGGACUUCAAGAGAAAGUAUGAAGAUGAAAUCAACAAACGCACAGCUGCAGAGAAUGAGUUUGUGGUCUUGAAAAAGGACGUUGACGCUGCCUACAUGAACAAGGUGGAGCUGGAGGCCAAAUGCGAUGCUCUUCAGGAUGAGAUCAACUUCCUCAGAGCCAUCUAUGAGGCUGAGCUCCGGGAGCUGCAGUCCCAGAUCAAGGACACCUCUGUCAUUGUGGAGAUGGAUAACAGCCGUAACUUGGAUAUGGAUUCCAUUGUGGCCGAAGUGCGCGCUCAGUAUGAGGACAUUGCCAACCGCAGCAAGGCUGAUGCAGAGGCCUGGUACAAGCAGAAGUAUGAGGAGAUGCAGAGCUCCGCUGGACAGUACGGUGAUGAUCUUCGCACAACCAAGGCUGAGAUUGCUGAGCUGAACCGCAUGAUUGCCCGUCUUCAGAAUGAGAUUGAGGCGGUCAAGGCACAGAGGGCCAGCCUCGAGGCUCAGAUUGCGGAGGCUGAGGAGCGUGGAGAGUUGGCGGUGAAGGAUGCCAAGCUCCGCAUCAAGGAUCUGGAGGAAGCCCUCCAGAGAGCAAAGCAGGACAUGGCCCGCCAGGUGCGUGAAUACCAGGAGCUGAUGAACGUCAAGAUGGCCCUGGACAUUGAAAUCGCCACCUACAGGAAACUGCUGGAAGGAGAGGAGACCAGACUGCUCUCUGGACCCACUAGCGCAACCAUCCAUGUGCAACAAACCGGCUAUUCCAGCGCUCUUAGCGGUUCUGGAAUGGGCAGCAUGGGAUAUAGCAGCGGGUCUGGUAACUAUGGCGGCAGCACUAGUGGAGGUUAUGGUGGUUCUACCAUCACCAAGUCCACACUGUCCACAAGCAGCUCCAGAAGAUACAAUUAAGAAGGAGAGCAGUCCCUCUUCCCCUUCUGAAAAUCUUAAAUUGACCAAAAACAUCUGCUUACCCUUUCACAAUGCACAUAGAACAACGGUGCAGGCAUGAUAUUCCAAAAGAAAAUGCGAUUUUGCCAAAUUAUGUCAGUUUAAAAAAAAAACAGCUACCAGUGGUGUUCCAAGAAUCACUGCGUCCAUUUAUGAAUUAUACAUAUGCGGCAUUCAUCAUCAUUUAAGAGUUUCUGAAAGUAAACGUGGCUCAAAACAUGGGGCCGGUCAGUUGCAAUGCAAAACGUUUCAUAUUUGUGCACUGACUUCCAAGAAAUUGGAGAAGAGAAGCAAAAGAGGUACGGGAUGUUGGAACUAUGCAAGAGAAUUAUUUGACAUUUCUGCAUACAAUCUGGAAGAACAGAUGCUCUGAAAGAGACAAGUAGACUGCUCCUGUUCUCAGCAAAAGUCUCCAAUUUUUUUAUAAUUUGAGUGCCAACACCAGUGAAGAGAACGGGAGAUGAUCCAUAAGUACGGCGUUUACAUGUUUACAAAUAAGAGACAAGAUUUGUUAAAAAGUUAGCACCUAGAUCUUUUUUUGGGGCCUCUGUCAGAUUAUUUUUUUUCUUAGUUUAACACUUCCGUGCCUUGAUGCUUCAGUAAUGUUGAAACCGGAUUUAUUUUGGAAAGAGCCUCCUAGCAACAUCACAUCGCCAAUAAAUCUGAGUACCAGAA